CAACAACAGGGUGCACUCAAAAUAAGAAAAAUCCGGAACGUCAAUCAAUGGCAAAGCACCCAUGUAUAUUCAUGCAUCUCUGGUAAGAAAUCCGGUAUCAGUGGCUGCGACUACCAGCAUUGGCUGGUGUGAAGAAGCCAUUCAACCAGCCAAUCACGACAGUGACGUCAGCGAAUUCAAGUCUGGAACAUACAAGAAUUCUCAAGACCUUCUUGCCUUCAACCUCAAUCUAAAAUUUGAAAGCAUAAUUACAACACCUCAAAACAGAUCCUAAUCACCGCAAUAGCAAUCGCAAACGCAAUGUCAUCAACAAGCAGCUCAUACAAAUCCAGUAAACGUCACGAACCCGCGCCCUCACGUACCGCCCUCACAAUCCCGACCAUUGCUCCUGUGAUUGGAAAUUAUUCCCAUAGCAACACGAUUCCGUCGAAUAGAUCCACAGUCUAUCUCAGUGGAUUUAUGGGUGAUUUGCCCGGCGACGGACGAAUAAUUUCUGGAGGAGUAGCAGCGCAGACUACGCAGAUCAUGAGGAAUUUGAAAGCUGUUUUGGAAGCGAGUGGGAGCGGAUUGAAUAAGUUGGUUCAGAGAAGAGUGUUUUUGGUUGAUAUGGGAGAUUUGAAGUAAGUUUAAUUUUGACUUCAAUUGAAGGAGGAGAAACAUUUUCGGAGUGGUCGUGGUUGUGUGAAAAAUGGCUGGAAAAUAAAGAGGUUGAAUGAAAUUUCUGCUAACUAGCAUGUUAAGAACGAUAGAUAGAAUAUGGGGGGAAUGGGUCAAGGAACCAUAUCCGGUGAGCACUUGUGUACAGGUUGUGAGGUUGGCUAAGGAAGCCGCAAAAGUGGAGAUUGAGGUAGUCGCAGAAACAAAUUGAAAUGAAAGAUCUAAUUAUGGGGCAUUAUCUUGUUGGAACUAACAUGAUGACGUUAAAUGUUAAGGUGACGUUGCGUGACGGUGCUUUCAACGUUCCAUUAGUUUGCGGAUGCAAGGAACGCCCCUUGAAGCAUGAAACGUGUUCAUUAGGGCUCUGGUAGCAUGGAUUAAAGCAUGUCGCGUGAAUUCAAUGAAAUCAUCAAGUUUAGGGGGUAGAAAUAUAUCC